UUAGUGUAAUGAAUAUUUUUGAUUGAUUAUUUUUCGAGAAAGAGAAUAAUAAUAAUAAACCCAGAGCAUCAAAGCUUGAAAUAUGUCAAACUUUGUAGCUCCUGAGAUCAAAGGCUUUAAAGAAUGGGACUAUGUGGUAUUUGCUGCACUCUUAGUAGUAUCUGCUGGAAUCGGAGUAUUCUUUGCAAUUAAAGAGAGAAAGAAGAAAACAUCUAAUGAAUUCCUAGUAGGCGGAAGGCAGAUGACAUGUGGACCCGUGGCUCUUUCAUUGACAGCCAGUUUUAUGUCUGCUAUUACAGUGUUGGGAACCCCAUCAGAAGUUGUUCGCUUUGGAGCAUACUAUCUAUAUUUUAUUAUUGCCUAUACAUUUGUAAUAACAUUUUCUGCUGAGCUCUUUAUACCAGUAUUUUACAGAUCGGGUAUCACCAGCACCUAUGAGUAUUUGGAACUACGGUUCAGCAGAGUUGUCCGAUAUGCUGCUACAAUUAUGUACAUCAUACAAACUAUACUGUACACAGGAGUCGUAGUCUACGCACCCGCGCUAGCGCUGAAUCAAGUAACUGGAUUUAAUCUGUGGGGAUCUGUAUUUGCCACUGGUAUCGUAUGCACUUUCUACUGUACCUUGGGAGGUUUGAAGGCUGUUGUGUGGACCGAUGCAUUCCAGAUGGUCGUUAUGGUCAUUGGAUUUUUAUCUGUCCUUAUUGAAGGGACAAUCCAAAAUGGGGGACCUACUAAGAUUUGGGAGACAGCCAUGAAUGGAUCACGUCUGGAUAUAUUAGACUUCAGUCCUGAUCCUUUGCAGCGACACACAUUUUGGACAAUUGCAGUGGGUGGCACCUUUACUUGGCUAGGAAUUUACGGAGUAAAUCAGUCAACGGUCCAAAGAUGCAUAUCCUGCAAAACAGAAAAACACGCAAAACUAGCCCUAUAUCUUAACUUGGUUGGUCUGUGGAUAAUCUUAGUGUGUGCCGUAUUCUCCGGAUUGGUCAUGUAUGCACACUUUCAAGGCUGCGAUCCUUGGACUGCAGGUUUUAUUUCAGCACCAGAUCAGAUGAUGCCAUAUUUUGUUAUGACCAUAUUUUCGUCACUGCCCGGACUCCCCGGGCUGUUUGUCGCUUGUGCUUUCAGUGGAACCUUGAGUACAGUUGCUGCCAGCAUUAACGCUCUUGCAACCGUUACCUACGAAGACAUCGUGAAGAACAUUUUCAAAAACAUCAGUGAUAAGAAAAGUACUUGGAUUAGCAAAGGAUUAUGUGUAGUGUUUGGCGUGCUGUGCACCGUUAUGGCUGUGGUUGCAUCCUUUAUGGGAGGGGUUGUUCAGGCUGCUCUGAGUAUCCAUGGGAUGUGCGGAGGACCUAUGUUAGGGUUAUUUACACUGGGUAUUCUGUUUCCUUGUACAAACUGGAAGGGUGCUCUUGGAGGCCUUUUAACUGGAUUCGUCAUGUCAUUUUGGGUUGGAAUUGGAGGAUUUAUUUACCCUGCACCACCAAGCAAGACAUUUCCCCUUGAAUUAAGGACAGAUGAAUGCAUAUUAGCUAAUGUGACAUCUAAUACAACAGAGUUACUAUCAACAUAUCUUCCAACAACUCUACCAACCACAGCUCCAUCAAGAUCUCUUCUCGCCGAUAACUGGUAUAGUAUAUCCUACCUAUACUAUAGUGCGGUGGGCUGCCUGUCAUGCAUUAUUGCUGGCCUUCUGAUCAGUUUUAUAACAGGACGUGAGCAUGGACGGAACAUCAAGCCAUUGUUAAUCAGACCAAUUUGCAACCUUUUCUGCUUUUGGUCUGAUAAAUACAAAGAGAUGUGUUGGUGUGGGGUUCCUCAUGAUACCGAAGAAGAUUUUGAUUCUAAAGAUAUUCUUCAUAAAGACAUUAAUAUGACACCAGUAACAGAAGUACCCACGGAAAAUGGAUAUGACAGGGACUCUACCAGGAAGCCUCCACCCGGUUAUAACGAAGCUGAGAAAUCGUACACAAAUGUAAAUGUAGAGAAAGUAUCUCAGAUGUAGAUAACAAUUCUGAUUAAUUUACGGAGUCACUACGUAUGGAUGUGGAUAUAAUCCCUUCCUUUUUAGGGUGUAUUUGAAAAUGGUAUCAUUAAACUGUAUAGUAUUUA